UAGAAAAAAACGUCAUACCGCAUAGCAACCCUAGAUCUAUCCCGCACUUCGUCCUAACCUGCUAUGGCGUCCGUCGCAUUAAAGCUCUCACGGUCAUGGGUCGCUUGGACAACCACCAAUUCCGGCCGCUUCGCUCUUCGCCUACCCGGCGGCGAUCUCGCUGGAAAUACCACCAUAACCGCCCGCUCGCGACAGUUACUUAGAUCCCCAAACUCCGCCGCCGCCUCCACCAGCACCUCGGAUUUCUUCCUCCGGCGCAGCAUCACUACGCUCUCCUCCGGUGAGGACCCCCGUUCGCCUGUGGGCGCCGCACCAGAUGACCUCGAGGAUGAGUUCCGCCCUGACCCGGACACCGUUCCCUACUUCGACGAGAAGGACCUCGUCUCGGACGAAACCCUGUGGGCUCUGUACGAGCGGUGGUGCCGCUUCCACGAAAUGGCGCGCGACCACGACGAGAUGGCUCGGCGAUUUGGUCGCUUCAAGUUGAAGGCGCGGCAUGUCUACGAGUUCAACAAAUCGGGUAGGAGCUACACCAAGGGGCUCACCAGGUUCUCCGAUUUGGAGCCAGGGGAGUUCUUCGCCCCUCGUCGUUGUCCGAGGACUCCGAGAAUUGGCAGUCGUUUCUUCACCAACGACAGAGGUGAGGUGACGGCGAUCUGUACCGACGGGCGUCUUGAAAAAUACGAGGGCCCCGUUUGGAAAAUCCGUAAUGGUAAGCAGCCAUAAAGAAACGCUUGUAUACGCUAGAGCUAGUGGUAUUUCAUUAUUGUAAUAGGGAAACGUUUACGUACGACAGUCCGGCCGAACGCGUGUAGUCUGAUGCGAUUAGAUCUAGUGGCUUGCAUCCCGUCA